UAUGCCCCGACGACAAUUCCCAAGAUUUGUGUGUGAUUUCUGAAGGCACGACUGAAUUAGGCAUGGCGCUUUUGCCUCCAAAAGGGAUCCUCAAGAGCGAAGCUCUAAAGAAGGUUAGCCUUUUUUUAAUUAUGCAUUGCCUACACAAUUAAUUAAUCCAACCAAUAAUCAAUCUUAUCCUUCUUGCAUGUAACAACCAGGAUUAUAUUUCUUUCAUUUUUCAUAAAUGCUCAAUUGAUGAAGAAUUUUGCAUAGAUCAGUAGAGUUAAUCUCCUAACGGGAUCUUUAAAAAGAAUAAUUGAGAUUAAGGAGUCGUUUGAUCGAUAUUUAGAACGGAUUAAAAUUUUGAAAAUUUUGUGACGGUACAUAUUUGAAACUAGCGUAUAUCUUAGAGAGCAUAAGGAACUCAAAAAUCUGCGAGAAGCUACAGUGGACAAGUAUGGCAACAAGAGCGAGAUAUGUGUUCCGGUUGAUGAAGCGCAAUUCCUAUCAAUGCUUGUAAAAAUUAUGAACGCCAAGAGGACAUUAGAGACUGGUGUUUUUACAGGCUAUUCACUCCUUUAUACUGCACUUGCAUUGCCUGAUGAUGGCUUGUACUUUGAUGACAGUGCUCCAUUAGUUAGAUCAUGAGCUGUUGUGAACAGGUAAUCGCAAUAGACAUAAAUCAAGAAGCUUAUGAAGUUGGAUUACCAUUCAUCCGCCAGGCAGGUGUGGAGCACAAAAUCAACUUCAUUAAAUCAAAUGCCAUUUUCGCGUUGAGCCAAAUGUUGAACAAUGCAACACAAUUUGACAUGGCAUUCGUUGAUGCUGACAAAUCUGGCUGCAAGCAAUACCAUGAACAGUUGUUGAAACUAGUUAAGGUUGGAGGUAUAAUAGUUUGUGAUAACACCUUAUGGUUUGGAUUUGUUGCUCAAGAAGAAGAUGCAGUACCGGAACAUCUAAGGAAGACAAGAAAGGUCAUACUGGAGAUCAAUCAAUUUCUGGCUUCUGAUCCUCGAGUUGAUCUCUCACAAGUUUCCAUCGGUGAUGGGAUUACGUUAUGUAGGCGUCUUUAUUGAGAAAUAAUGUGUAUUGAUAAUAUAAUAUUUUUAACAGAGUUGUUGUGGCUAGAAUAUGAUGUUUGACUACCAUCAUGGACUUAUUAAUAAUUUUCCCCCUUCAAUUUCUUUUACUAGUUUGCCAUGUUGUGAUGAUGUUAACUGCUUUGCUGAUUUAAGGUUUCUAUUCAUGUUACAGUGGUUUAAUUGGGGUAUUGUUUAUGGCAGGUGUGAUGCUUUUGCAUUUUCUUCUGCUUAUGUUGCUGCUGAAUAAUGCAACAAGUUUAUUUUGGAGUUGUAUUUAUGAUCUGUUCUACUAAAUUG